CCUGGCAGCCGCUGCCAAUUGGGCAAGAGACGCCACCCUUGGCUGUGCCAGGGAGUGCGGGGAGGGGACCAGGCGGCAGCUGGCUUGGGCGGUGGAAGGAUGCCCCGUGCUCUGCAGUGAGGCCGAGACUGGUCUCUGGGUGAGCGGUGCAGGAGCCCGAGGAUGAAAUCCCGAGACAAAAAGCUCAAACACAAAAGUCUCUCCGGAGGGCUGCCCCCUUCUCCUGCAAAGCCUGGCGCUUCUGAUGCUCCGCGGACAAGUUUGCAUGACUGACGACGGGCUCCUUGCAGCAGCCUCCUGCCGCCUGGGCUUCAGUCCUGCAAACUAAGGACAGCUCCCCGCUGGCUCCCCCGGAGGGCCUCUCCUGCACCCGUCCGGAGGAGGCCACAGUGUGUUCCAGGCACUUUCCCCACAUGACCGGAAGACGAGCCUCUGCUUAGAAGACCAGCCCGAGUCCCAGCCUGCGCCGCCAUGAAGGGGCCCUGCCUCCUGGCGUGGCUCUUCUGCAGCCUGGGGUGCUGGGGCCUCGCCCAGCCGGCCCCCGACGCGUCCCAGUGCCAGCGCGCGGAGCACCCGGUCGUUUCCUACAAAGAAAUUGGCCCCUGGUUGCGGGAGUUCAGAGCGAAGGAUGCUGUGGAUUUCUCGCAGUUAACAUUUGACCCAGGACAGAAAGAGCUUGUUGUAGGAGCAAGAAACUACCUCUUCAGGUUGCAGCUCGAGGACUUGUCUCUGAUCCAGGCUGUGGCGUGGGAGUGUGAUGAAGCCACCAAGAAGGCCUGCUACAGCAAGGGCAAGUCCAAGGAGGAAUGUCAGAACUACGUCCGGGUGCUCCUGGUGGGAGGUGACCGGCUCUUCACCUGCGGGACCAACGCCUUCACGCCCGUCUGCACCAACCGCACGCUGAGCAACCUGACCGAGAUCCACGACCAGAUCAGCGGCAUGGCCCGCUGCCCCUACAGCCCCCAGCACAACUCCACGGCGCUGCUCACGGCCGGCGGGGAGCUGUACGCGGCCACGGCCAUGGACUUCCCGGGCCGCGACCCCGCCAUCUACCGCAGCCUGGGCGUCCUGCCCCCUCUCCGCACGGCGCAGUACAACUCCAAGUGGCUCAACGAACCCAACUUUGUGUCCUCCUACGACAUCGGGAACUUCACCUACUUCUUCUUCCGAGAAAACGCGGUGGAGCAUGACUGUGGCAAGACGGUGUUCUCCAGAGCCGCCCGCGUGUGCAAGAAUGACAUCGGGGGCCGCUUCCUGCUGGAGGACACGUGGACCACCUUCAUGAAGGCCCGGCUGAACUGCUCGCGCCCCGGCGAGGUGCCCUUCUACUACCACGAGCUGCAGAGCACCUUCUUCCUGCCCGAGCUGGACCUGCUCUACGGCAUCUUCACCACCAAUGUGAACAGCAUCGCCGCCUCGGCUGUGUGCGUCUUCAACCUCAGCGCCAUCUCGCAGGCCUUCAACGGGCCCUUCAAGUACCAGGAGAACUCGCGCUCCGCCUGGCUGCCUUACCCCAACCCCAACCCCAACUUCCAGUGUGGCACCGUGGACCAGGGUCCGUACGUGAACCUGACGGAGAGGAACCUGCAGGACGCCCAGAAGUUCAUCCUGAUGCACGAGGUGGUGCAGCCGGUCACCCCCGUGCCGGCCUUCCUGGAGGACAGCAGCCGCUUCUCCCACGUGGCCGUGGACGUGGUGCAGGGCCGGGACGCCCUCAUGCACAUCCUCUAUUUGGCCACAGAUCACGGGACCAUUAAGAAGGUACGGGCGCCCCUGACGCCCACCUCGGCCAGCUGCCUGCUGGAGGAGAUCGAGCUCUUCCCCGAGAGGCGGCCGGAGCCCGUCAGGAGCCUGCGGAUCCUGCACAGCCAGAGCGUCCUGUUCGUGGGCCUGCGCGAGCACGUAGCCAGGCUCCCGCUGAAGCGCUGCCAGCUCCACCGCACCCGCAGUGCCUGCAUCGGGGCCCAGGACCCGUACUGUGGCUGGGACGUGGGAAUGAAGAAAUGCACCAGCCUGGAGCAGAGCCUCAGCAUGACGCAGUGGGAGCAGAACAUCUCCACCUGUCCCACGAGGAACCUCACGGUGGACGGGCACUUCGGCCCCUGGUCUGCGUGGACGCCCUGCACCCACACGGACGGCAGCGCCCUGGGGUCCUGCCUCUGCCGCAGCCGCUCCUGCGACAGCCCGGCCCCCCAGUGUGGCGGCUGGCAGUGCCAGGGCCCCCGCAUGGAGAUCGCCAACUGCUCCAGGAACGGAGGCUGGACCCCCUGGACCCCGUGGUCCCCCUGCAGCACCACCUGCGGGAUCGGCUUCCAGGUGCGCCAGCGGUCCUGCAGCAACCCGACGCCGCGCCACGGGGGCCGCGUGUGCGUGGGGCAGAACCGCGAGGAGAGGUACUGCAAUGAGCAUCUGCUGUGCCCCCCACAUAUGUUCUGGACAGGCUGGGGUCCCUGGGAACGGUGCACAGCGCAGUGUGGAGGAGGCAUUCAAGCUCGCCGCAGAACCUGUGAGAACGGGCCCGACUGUGCAGGCUGUAAUGUGGAGUACCAGCCGUGCAACACCAGCCCGUGCCCCGAGCUGAAGAAGACCACGCCCUGGACGCCCUGGACGCCCGUCAACAUCUCGGACAACGGCGGCCACUACGAGCAGCGCUUCCGCUACACCUGCAAGGCGCGCCUGCCGGACCCCGCGCUGCUGGAGGUGGGGCGCCAGCGCAUCGAGAUGCGCUACUGCUCCAGCGACGGCUCCAGCGGCUGCUCCACGGACGGCCUGUCCGGGGACUUCCUGCGCGCCGGGAGGUACUCUGCCCACACGGUCAACGGCGCCUGGUCGGCCUGGACCUCGUGGUCGCAGUGCAGCCGCGACUGCAGCAGGGGCAUCCGGAACCGCAAGCGCGUGUGCAACAACCCCGAGCCCAAGCACGGCGGCAUGCCCUGCCUGGGGCCCGCGCUGGAGUACCAGGAGUGCAACGUCCUGCCCUGCCCAGUGGACGGUGUGUGGUCCUGCUGGUCCCCCUGGUCCAAAUGCUCGGCCACCUGCGGCGGGGGACACUACAUGCGGACCCGCUCCUGCACCAACCCGGCGCCCGCCUACGGGGGAGACAUCUGCCUGGGGCUGCACACGGAGGAGGCACUUUGCAACACGCAGCCCUGCCCUGAGAGCUGGUCCGCGUGGUCAGACUGGUCCGAGUGUGACCCCUCCGGGGUGCAGGUCCGCGCCCGCCAGUGCGUCCUCCUCUUCCCUGCGGGCGGCCAGUGCUCUGGAAACGCCACGGAGACCCGGCCGUGUGUAUUUGACUCCAAUUUCAUCCCAGAAGUGUCUGUGGCGAGGUCCAGUAGCAUGGAAGAGAAGAGGUGUGGAGAGUUCAGCCUGUUCCACAUGAUGGCCGUGGGCCUGAGCAGUUCCAUCCUGGGCUGCCUCCUGACGCUGCUUGUCUACACCUACUGCCAGCGCUACCAGCAGCAGGCCCACGACGCCACCGUCAUCCACCCGGUGGCGCCCGCUCAUCUCAACACCAGCAUAACCAACCACAUCAACAAACUGGACAAGUACGACUCGGUGGAGGCCAUCAAGGCAUUUAACAAAAACAACCUGAUCCUAGAGGAAAGAAAUAAAUACUUCAACCCACAUCUCUCUGGGAAGACCUAUUCUAACGCCUACUUCACAGAUCUCAAUAAUUACGACGAGUACUAGCAGCUCGGAGACCGCCGGCUUCUGUCACUCCCGGUUCCUCGAGGCCUGUGCUCCCCGGCGGCCCGUUGCUGAGACUUCCCAGCUCAAGUUUGGAAACAUCUCAAGUGCGUUUCCAGCCACAAGUGUCCCAUCGCUGCCCAAAGUACACGUUCCUAAAAGCAACAAAAAUCUGAUUAUGACGUCGUGAAAAUCUGGUCUGAGUACCUGUCCUUGUUGCGUCAGCCAAGGUGUGAAGUUUUCUUUAUCGUGUUCCGUCCAUUUUUCUAACAAGCCGAUCGUUCUCUCGAGCCUUUUAAUAAAUGUACCCCCCAUGGGAAGGAGUCUAGAAACGUGAACGUCGUCUUGCUCUUGAGCGUAAAUCUUCAUGAUGUUUUAAUUCAAGAAAGUAGGCACUUUAUUUGCAAGUCCCCCUGCAGGCCCCCUAGCUGAUAAAGUGAAGACUAGCGAUGUGAUCGUGCAGUCGCUCAUCAUGCAUCUCCCGCCCCCACAUCUGGAGAGGGCUUGGAUCGUGUGAAAGUAAUUGGUGCAUUUGGACUAGGAGUGAGCCCUGCCUGGGUCAGCCCGGGGAGCAGCCGGGCUCGUGCAUCUGCAGAGGUGAUGGGUGGGGGGUGAGACCGUCGCCCUGGGUUUGCUGCCAUUGCUGCGUCGUCACCGGAGAGGCGAGCACGCAGGCAGCGGCGCAGACGCGGGGAGGGAGCAGGACAUGUUGGGCCAGCUGCUGCAAAACUAGCCUUAUUCUGACUGUCAGGGUUUCCCAGCGUGUGGGGGCUCCUGACCACGCUGUGGGCCUGGACGCCCACCUGCAGGCCCACAGCUAGUCUGUCCAGGAACCAUGUGCUCUGCACUGGCAUAGACUCAACCCCUUCUCUACCCGCAAAGAAAAAUCUGGGACAUUCACAAAGCCAACAAGGGAAUGAAGUCGAAGCGCUGACGUGUUGUGGUGAACGACGUUAUCUUCCAGGUGAUGGAAAGUGUGGAAAGACGGGACAUUGAACGGAAAGCAGCAUUUCCUUUGCCAUCUCCCUGGUGGCACGGAGGGGGGUCACCAGCCCCUACCCAGAGCAUUAACGCUGUGGACAGUCGCGCUGGACACACCCGUGUCCUUCCAGGCCCAGCGGGCACUGCCGCCCCCAAGGUGCUGGGCAGGGAUGUCUAGCUCGGUGCCUUUUGCCCCUCGGUCAGUGCCGCCUUCCCACCCACCCCCACCUCCCACGCCUCCCUGCAGGGCAACCACAGCGCUUCUAGAUGUGUCUUGAGAAAUCCAGGAUCUGGAAAGAUUUUCAUGACCCCUGUGGGUCUGAGCACUGGUCACUGCAGAGUCUUUCAGAGUGUUUUGAUACUAUUGAUGGAGGGGUUUGGGGGGCACAGGGGCCGGGAUCGAUCAUUCACAAACAGCUGAGACGUAGCAUAGAGCGGCUGGCUGGGUAGUCGUAGAAACUCAGAGCGAGAUUGAAACGGCCUAUCUGAUGCUCCUGAGUGUCGUGAUAAAGGCCUGGCGGACGUAAAACACACCCUUCUCGGUGAAGGUCCCUCCAGAUUGUGAAAUCUGUAGUGUUCGUGUGAGGGCAGCAGGCCCAUCAGCAGACAUAUCUCGACCCUCUCCAACGUAAAGAAACCAUUUCAGACGUGUUGGGAAAGCCGUGUGUUUGGUAAUGGGCACUGCUGACUUGGAAGUGUUCUCCUGUGCGCAGCUCUGCAGAGGGGCGCUGUCAAGUUAACAUUGAAGAGGUGGGUGGGCUCUAGGGCCCGGCAGUCACAGGGGUAUGUGGUGUGGGUCUUUCUGGGGAGCCCCUGUUGCAUCCUGGGCACCCCAGUGAAGGGUGAGGCCCUCUGUUGCCAGGCGAAGUCCACACUCAGAUGAGCUUAGAUGGUUUCCAGGCGUCCUGGAUCGGAUUUUCCCUGCAGCUUCCCUUCCCUGUAAGAAGAAUGUCCUCAGCAGGUAACGCAGUUUAGCUAGUUCUUUAAUCCCUCCUCUCCAAUAUUUUCUAAGCUUUAAAGGUCAUUUUAUUUCCCCUCGAAAUAAGACUCUAAUAUUUCAAGAACGUGUCCCUGGGCUCGAUGGGAAGCUUUCUACGUGACAGCCAGGCUGAUCUUUCGUCCAUGUCACACCAGGACUGGGCACAACCCCCCAGGACGAGACAGGGUCUCCCUGGUGCUGCUCCCAGAAGCCUGAGCUUGUCCCUGCAAGGAAGCCCUGUCUGUUGUUGCUGAUGCUGUUCAAAGGGGCAUCGCUAUGACCCCCUCCCUCCCUCCCACAAAUAGCGUCUGAUGCUUUCAAGCGAUCUCUCUUCCCUGACAUUAAGUGACAUUGAUCACAUUUAGUAUCUGGGAUUAUUUCUGGUGCAGUUGGCGCUUGGCUGGUUUCACAGGAACCGGCUCCUCUCUCACGCGCGUCCACGGCUGCGGUGUUGCCCGGGGCCCUGUCCACACUCCAGGCGGUGCCACCUCCUCUGGGCUCCCGGUGCACCCACACCCUCCAGGAAGGGGAAGAGCCCAGACUCCCCAUGCACUCCACGGCGUGUGGCUUCCCCAGAGCGGCUCCCCGGCCACAUGGCUAUCACGGAGCUGAGAGCCGGUUGUCCUGGAAUGACGUGGGUUGUGGGGGCCGGGCCAGGCCCCACCCCAUGGAAGGAAUAGUCCCACGCACGGUGCUCACUCAGGUCUGCGCAGCACACUGGGGGCCCGUGCUGUGGGGCUGCUCUGGAGCCCCCGCGGGGCAUCUGCGUCCCACCCCAUCAGGGAUGAUUCCUGAAGCCCAGCGGGCAGAUGCUGCUGAGAUCGGGCGUCCCUGCUGGGGAGAGUCUGUUCCUCGAGUGUGUGAUGGGGAGAGCAGGGAUGCUAAGGGAACUGAGGAGGAAUAACAGGCAGUGGGCGUGGGACAGCCCUGCCCUGGGCAGUCUCUCUCCUGGAAGGGCCAGCCCCAGGGUCCAGGUGAAGCAGGGGCCGGCCCCAGGGGCUCACAGAGGGAUGCCAAAGAGAAGCCCCAGGGAGGCAGUCCGGAGGGCUGGGCCACCCGGAGCUGAGUGUGUGCUGUGGCCAGGAGGGGCCCUGCUCCCAUGCACAGUCGAGAUCUGGUCCAGAAUCUUCUUGGCUCAGUGCCCGGGCUGUGGGAGUAUUAGCCAGGGUGUCCUUGUUCCUUCUUUGUCUGCAAAGAGGUGACAGGCAUGGUCAUCACAGCCCACGGGCGCGCCUGUUUCUCCCCGAGGCCGUGGGAGCAUUGUGUCAGCCCCCGUCACAGUUCCGGGCAAAGACUCAGCACAGGGAAUCCCAUGUCUCCAGGGGCUGCUGAGGAAGCCUCGCCUGUAAAAAGAUGAAAGAUUUUAUUUUAAAAACAGAGCACGUCUGUCCUCGGCUGUCCUUGGGCGUGAGCCACCAUGGUGUGACUACGGACACCCUGCUACUUCCCCGGGGCCUUUCCUUGCUUCAGAACAGAGCCUUGACCUUUCAAAGAUCACUGGAGCCACGUUCCACGCUGAAGCGCCACGGCCGUCGGGCUCCGCAGGCCGGGUGUUGCUGGCACUCGAGUGGCGUUUGCUUGUGUGGCACCUGCGGGUCACUGUUGAGUUGGGCAUCUUGUCCCUAAAGAUGGCUCAGGGGCGCCUAUGCCCAGAGGCAGAGAUACCCCCAGAGGGCCCCAGCCCCCCUCCGCACCCCGGCUGUGUCUCGGUCUCCGGCUCCAGUCACCAACGCCGUGGAGGUCGGGAAAUAAAAAGUAACUUCAGCCCACUCGUGGGCAAACUCCCCACUCCAAAGAGGAUGCAGACUCGGCCUGCAGGCCUCAGCGGCCGCGCCCGCACACGCAGUCCCCGGAACCUCCGUUGUUCCCUGCUGGUGUGUGUCGCCAUGACGUCGCCAGGUCUGAUACCUCCAGUGACCCGUCACCCGUCCUGAGACACUAGAAGACCCGUCUGCACCCCCUGCUCCUCGGGCCCAUGGGGACAAGAGCCUUGAUGUGGACGCGAGAAACGCCAGGGGGUGGCUCCAAACGUGCAAGCGCGUGUCCACCGAGACGAACACGAGAGGCCAGGGGCCGCCGUGGAGCUGACUCCAGCUGGCCUCCCCUGCUGGCCUCCCCUGCUGGAGUCACUAGCAAUUACUGAUUAAAGGUAUUUUUGCGACUGUAAGUAUUGAGGCUCGGGGUUCCGAUGAUCCGCCUGGCUUUGAGCUACGCUGAUGGAAACACGGGAACACGUGUUGCUUUUGUCCUCGCGCUCCCGGAAACUGGAACGUGAUGGAUGAGCUGCAGCGUGGGCAGGGGCUUCUGAGAUGACCGUCUCACACUCCUUUUUUGUGGGUAUGAAGACACGUUGUGCAUCUUUUUGGGGACGGCUCGAUCAAAGCUUUCUCAGUGAUGACGCGCUGCGUAGCCAAGCUUUGGCUCGUACAACAGCAGCAGAAAUGGGGACGGCCGGACUUUGAAGGGACAUAGAGCAGCAUCGAGACCACGUGCAAAGGCUACACACACUCCCUGUGAGACCUGUCACAUGUGGUGUUUUCUAGAAGUCCCAUUAGCUCUGCCAUAGAAAGCAAUCGAGCUGAGUGCUCGUGACCAGAGUGGGAAGCAAUUUCCAUUCAAGCCGGGAGGUUCUGGGUGGACACGAUGAUGGUAACUAGGCAAGGACAGGAGGGCCUCCCUGGCGCGCAGGGGUUAGAGUCAGCGCUAUCCAGCUAUCGCAGCCAUUGCAGCACGAGUCCAUCCCCGGCCAGGGAGCUGCCCACAGGGCGCAGCAGACCUCUCCUGUCUCCCCGCUGCUCCCCUCAGCAGUGGGUUUCAGUAGGUCUGCCUGUUCUGCUCCCCACUCUGCCUCUGUUGAGUCCUCUCACCCCCCACCAUCUCUGGCCUGCACCCCAGUUCUUGUAUGCAUGAAUAAAUCUUUUUAGAAAAAAGGAGAAAAGGAGACAAAAGCCAGGCUGGCACCCCCCAAACAAACUCAUCGGGCGGGCAGUACAGUUGAUUCCAUGUCUUCAUAUUUUGUCAGAAAUCACAUGCCAGUGGUUCAGACGUGACCUGUUCUUGGCUAUUUGGCAAUUCAAUGCCAAAUGUUCCAAAUACGAGAGGAAUAACGCCUCGCAUGCCAGCUCACAGCAGUUCCAACAUUAACUAAAGCAGGUGGGAGCCGAAGCUGGGCUCUGGAGGAGGCAGACUAGCCCCCUGCACAUGCAGACAGUUUAGUUUCUUAUUAGAAGUCGCCAGUGCCUUGUUGAGACGCCGCUUACCGUCUGGAUGUGUGGGGUCCGGCCCUAAGCAGAGGCUUGAUUGGCUGUACUUUGCAGAGUGGUGGUGACGCGUCUUUGACUCAGGUGUAGGAAGCAGCCAGGACACACGGGCAGAGGCGACGUCUGCCCCAGCUGAGGUGCCAGGACGCACCUGGAGCCCAAGGGAGACCCGACUCCCCUGUCCCAACCUGGUGUUGCUUUAAGUUGACAUCAGACGCCCUGGUGUUUGUUCUGGAGCUGGAAGGCCCUUGCCAUGUCUGUACACAGUUUGGGGUUUUAUUCCUGACCCCCGCCCGGCCCCGCAGGCAGGUCCAGAGACGCAGGCGAGCCCGCUGCGGGGCGGGCGGCAGCACAGAGGUGCGGACAUCAGGAGAGCAGCGCCUGCUCUGUCUCGAGUCUGUCCAACUGCUUCACGAGCUCACAGAGCCGUCCCUCCAGCUCGGGCCGGGAGAGGGAAUGGACUUGUGUCUGUGCAGUGCUUCUCCCUUCUCCCGCGACUCUGGGCCAAAAUCAGACCCGCGCUUGCGCUUCCCCCAGGGCCUCCCUUCCCUGUGAAACCCGCCUCACCUGCCAGCUGCGCACCUGUGUGCCGGGGAGGCGCCUCCAACCUGUGUCAGCCGCUCACCCGGCUGUGGGCGGGUCUGUUACCUGCCGCGUCUGUGUUGAUUUGCUGUUGCUGUUUUGUGAUACAAAAUAAAUUUACUUGGGAUUGUUCCUUGUUUUUGUCAUUGCAUCUCCGUCAAAGCCGGCUUCAGCCCUCAGGAAACUUGCAGAAAGUUCCUGACCUGAAAAUGAAUUUUGCAGAAGCACGGGGUCCAUCCUCACGGAGCUUCUGAGCGUGAGCGCUUGGCCUUGCGUGGUCAGCGGGGCCAGUUGCCUUGUUGGCCCGACCCCGGGGCUGGGGUUUGCGCAUGGGGCCGUGGGGCCAUCACCAGCUGUCCUGUCCUUACCCAUCGCUCAGUCUCCUCCACGGUUUUGGUACAAAGCACAGACUCCUCGUGUCUCCCUCUCCGGUCCCGCCGCUCACCAGCUCCCGGGUCUCAGGUGCUCAUGUCUGGUCUGUUUCCUGUCGCUGUUUUCAAAGAUGGGCUUGGGGCGCUCGCUGUGGCCCGGGGCAGGGGUUGAUGGCCUGUGCACUGGGCGGAAUAUGGAAGUGGGGGGUUACCCCAAUAGUAGGAGCCAACUCACACCUGUCCAAGCCCUGACUCUGAAGAAGACUUCACACGAAUCGUGAGCUGCUGGCGCGCGUGAGAAGUCGUGCUCACCGCUGCUCCCGCUGGUUUCCAGGCCCAAGUCCCUUCACUCUGGAGUGAGGCCCCGAGUCCCGCUGACAGCACCGCAGCUCCCCGCAUAGACUCCCCCACCCCCCGCUUCUCUAUCUGCCAACAUUUUGGGGACAAAAGAAGAGAAUUCCGAUUAUGUACAGUAUAAAUUGUAUUAUAUUUUUUGUACCUAUGUUUUAUGUAAAUAGUUUGUCUCAUUCAAUUGUAUGUGAGCAUUGAAAUAAAUCUUACCG